UGGUCCCUGGGUUCAGUGCCCAGCACAUCUAGGGAGGUCUUGAGGGGGACGCUCUGGAUAUUAGACAACUCUUAGUUGUUUUUUCUUUUGGAUGAGGCUGUGGUGGGGGUGCUGUAGGGCUCUGAGAUGCAGGAUGAAGGGACCCUUGUAAGGAGUCUGGGAUUUCUCCUCCAGGGUCAGCCUCCGAGUAAGGGUCUGGUAAAGCACUGGUCCUGGCCACCACCUGCAGCCCUCUACCAGGCACCCAGAGGCUGCCAUCUCCCCCCAUCCCCUACUGCCUGUGACCUGGCCCCUUGCCAAGCUAAGUUUAGCUGUGAACUGCGUGAGCCACCCUCUCUGUGGGCGAGGCGGGGGUGGAGAGGAAUUCACAGGCUUCCUGUCAGCUUCCUGACAAGCAGACAAAGCCUCCAAAUGACCCAGGUUUAUGCUCAAAGCCGAACCUUCCAGCCGAUGUCACAGACCACAGGUGUGAGACAGCCCCAUAGAGGAAACCUCCCGCCAUGGCCCUGGGUCUCUUCCGGGUGUGUCUGGUGGUAGUGACGGCCAUCAUCAACCACCCGCUGCUGUUCCCGCGGGAGAACGCCACCGUCCCGGAGAACGAGGAGGAGAUCAUCCGCAAGAUGCAGGCCCACCAGGAGAAGCUGCAGCUGGAGCAGCUGCGCCUGGAGGAGGAGGUGGCGCGGCUGACAGCGGAGAAGGAGGCGCUGGAGCAGGCGGUGGAGGAGGGCCAGCAGCCGCCCGAGGCCCAGGCGGCCUGGGACCUCUGGACCACUCUCUGCAUGAUCCUCUUCCUGAUCAUCGAGGUGUGGCGGCAGGACCACCAAGACGGUCCCUUGCCUGAGUGCCCGGGCGGGGACGAGGAUGAGCUGCCCGGGGCGGGGAGCGCCCCGCUGCGGGGCCUGGCCCUGCCCAGUAGGGCCACCCUGGACCACUUCUACGAGCGCUGCAUCCGCGGUGCCACGGCCGACGCGGCGCGCACCCGGGAGUUCGUGGAGGGCUUCGUGGAUGACCUGCUGGAAGCCCUGAGGAGCCUCUGCAACCGGGACACCGACAUGGAGGUGGAGGACUUCAUCGGAGUGGACAGCAUGUACGAGAACUGGCAGGUGGACAGGCCGCUGCUGUGCCACCUCUUUGUGCCCUUCACGCCCCCGGAGCCCUACCGCUUCCACCCGGAGCUCUGGUGCUCCAGCCGCUCGGUGCCCCUAGACCGCCAGGGCUACGGCCAGAUCAAGGUGGGCCGGGCUGACGGGGACCCGCUGGGCUGCAUCUGCGGCAAGACCAAGCUGGGGGAAGACAUGCUGUGUCUGCUCCACGCCAAGCAGAGCGGGGCGCAGGCCUGCAGGGAGAUGGAGGACCUGCUGUGUGCCCCAGAGUCCCCGUACCUGGACACCAUGCAGGUCAUGAAGUGGUUCCAGACAGCUCUCACCAGAGCCUGGCACCGCAUUGCCCACAAGUACGACUUUGACCUUGCCUUUGGCCAGCUGGACACCCCUGGAUCCCUCAAAAUCAAGUUCCGCUCAGGCAAGUUCAUGCCCUUCAACCUGAUUCCUGUGAUCCAGUGUGAUGACUCAGACCUGUUCUUUGUCUCCCACCUCCCCAGGGAGCCCUCUGGGGGGACCCCAGCCUCCAGCACUGACUGGCUCCUGUCCUUCGCGGUCUAUGAGCGGCACUUCCUCAGGAUGACAUCGAAGGGGCUGCCCGAGGGUGCCUGCCACCUCAGCUGCUUGCAGAUCGCCUCCUUCCUGCUCUCCAAGCAGAGCCGCCUGAGCGGCCCCAGCGGGCUCAGCACCUACCACCUGAAGACGGCCCUGCUGCACCUCCUGCUCUCCCGGAAGGCCUCCGACUGGAAGGCGGCGCAGCUGGGCUCACGCCUGCAUGAGCUGCUCUGCUUCCUGGAGAAGAGCCUGCUUGAGAAGAAGCUCCAUCAUUUCUUUGUGGGCAACCGCAAGGUCCCUGAGGCCAUGGGACUGCCGGAGGCCGUUCGCAGGGCAGAACCUCUCAACCUCUUCCGGCCCUUCGUCCUGCAGCGCGGUCUCUACCGGAGGACAGUGGACGCCUUCUAUGAGAUGCUCAAGAAUGCCCCUGCCCUGGUCAGUGAAUAUUCUCUACAUGUCCCCUCCGACCAGGCCGGCCUGCCCCCAAAAGCCGUCAUCUUGUAGAGCAUAUGGGAUUUGAGGGCCAGGAGGGAGGUAUCUCACAAAUUCUCAGGGCUGGGGCUCUGCAGCCCAUCCUGGGGACAUGGCGGGCUUGGUGGAGAGCUGAGGUGCCGCCCGCCCAGGAAGCCAGGCCCUGCGGCGCGGAGGAAACAGAAUUCCAACUGGAUGCUAAUUCGCUUUCCUGCCAUUGAGGCAUGUUGGUAAAGCUGUCCUUUGGGUUUGGGGACUGGUCCUUUACAGAGUGCUUUUGGAUCACCACAGAUGACUGAGACAACGACGGAACGCUGCACGGAGACUGAGCUGGAGAGAGUGCACACGCUGACGAGCGUGAUCCUCUUCCUUCUCCCGCCGCCCGUGCUUUGUAUUGACAGACGAUCUCUGAGAACGCUGCUGGGGACUGUGUUUAGGUCCAGUGCCCCAUUCCCAGGAACGCCGGACCCCAGCUGACUGCAGCCAAACGAAGAACAGGGACAGAUGUGGGAAUCCACAACCUUUGACCCAUAUCCUGCACCAUAGGGUCCCACGGUGGCUGCCACUUCUUAUACUGUUUGAAGAAAUGAGCAGGUGGAGAUCUGGGGCUCCAAGGAGCUCUUGCUACACCCCACUGGGUAUUUGGUGCAGAGGGUUUAAAGUUGGCCAAUGCUCAGCCACAUUCCCACUCAGGUGCACCCCCUUCCCAGGCCUCUUUGCUGGCAGAGUGUGUCCCAAGCACCUGGGUGCCAUUUACCAUGCUGGGUGCCAGCUCAGCUGCCCCUCACCCCUCUCCAUACUCUCUAGCCAUCUGUGUGGUAGCAGGAGGGCAGAUCCUGAAGAUGGAAACUGAUCUUGAGAAAGAGAGGUACAGGGUACCUGGGACAAGGGACAGAACCCAGUUCCCAGGAAGCUAGGGUCUGGCUUGUAAUCUGGACUAGUUCAGAGAAAGUUGCAGAACCCUGAGUGGGCACUGCCAUAGCCCUGAGUUGUCCUCAGAGAAUCAGUCCUAAUGCAGGGUGGGGUUGGAAGCAAGAACUCUGUGGAAACCCAGCUCUGGUCCACAGGCCCAAAGCCACCUCCUGCCCGGUUCCUCACUACAGGGGAACUCGCUCCCUGUGCAGAGCCCACUCUUUCUGUAUGGGCCUUGCUGACCAUGCAGCUAACCCAGACCUACAAAGCCUGGUGGAGGCUGGGCUGACUGGGGACCUGUGUGGGCACUAGGAACACAGCCCUCAGGAUUCAGGGGCCACCUUGGCCCUGCCGAGAGCUACGGGCCCUGGAUAGGCACCAGAGAUGAGGCUAGAGCUAGGCUUCUCUCCAGGCCACGUUCAGAGGAUUGAGGAGCCCCUUCUCCACCUGGGCUUCAGUGGCCCCUUGAGAUUUCCUCUCAGCAUCACCCCAGGGCAAAGAGGAAUGGAGAACAAGAGCGAGGCCACACCUGUGUUCCUCUCUCAGGAUUUAUGCCAUCGGUACCUCCCAGACAGCAUAACCAACUUGAUGUGGGUGUGCAAGCUCACUGCGACCUGAAGAGGACAGUGCCUCCUGGACCCAAGGCAUGCUCUCCCUCGCCUAGCCUCAGAAAGCUCGACAAGAGAGACCUUUGCCACCCGGGUUAGGUCUUGUGGGGAGACUGCUGCAGUCAGGGUAUCAGAUCCCAUAGGAAGGGGCCCUGUGUGAGCAGGAGCUGGACUGAACUUGGGCUCCCCAGCCCCACAGCCACAGCCUGGCGCCCCAGGGAGUGACCCUGCUCCGGUGUGGCUCAAGGCAGCCCUGAGCCAGCCAUCCCAUCACUUCCAGAAUCAGGACAGAUCUCCUUAUUUAUUAUAACCGCUGCCUUUUCUCCCUUCAUCCUUGUCCUGCUGUGCUUUGAAGAGAACCCAGUAACCAAGAAGCAGCCUCCAGAAGCCAAGACCCAGCCUGCAUCCCCCUCUGGUUCCCCUUUGCUUCCGGGAGAAAGUUCACUCAAAAAAUAGCCCCGGUGUCUUGUUUGUGCAGAACUCCGCAGGGAAACGGGAGUCUGUUACACACCGAAUCUGCUUCUGAAGCAGAAAGCAGCGGGGCUCUCAGUGUUUCAUGCUGCCUUAUUUAUAUUAAAAAAAAUAGAAUUAAAAUCUCACAUGGAGGAGAAACGGGCACAGAGUUUGUUUUU